GAGAUGGGGAAAUCAGGGUUGGGGGUAGGUAUCAGAUUUAAACUGCCAAGUUCAGUUUGGGGUAUGUGAAAUGUUAAAUGCCUGGUGAUAUCUAAGUAGAGAAGUUAAGUAGCCAACCAAGUUUCGACCUCAGGGCUGGAAAUGUGUUUGAGAGAGUUUUCAGAGGAGCACUAACAUUUCAAGUUCUUAAAGAGGAGAGGAGCCUGGAAGCGAUCUAGGAAGGGAGCAGUGCAGGAAGAGACAGCUGGAGAAAGUGGUGUCGCAGAGGCAGAGAAGGGUGAGCAAGUUCUUCAGCCAUGCUGAGCGCUUCUCAGAAGUUGAGUGUGAUCUUCCUUCACUGACAUCAGAGUGCUACGAAGAUAAGGACAGAGACGUGUUCAGUGGAUCUGACCUCGUGCUGUUUUAGCUGAGGGCUGCAGCCUCAUUGCCUGUCAUCUGGGGCCGCGGGGCUGGCGCCUCAUUGCCGUGGUUGCACCCCUUCCCCGCCCACCCCGAGGAGAGUGAUCAGCGACCAGAGGACCGUCGGGCAGUUUGUUUCAAUCCUACCUUUUGCUGCUCAUCCUCUAAAGUUCUCCUUGUGCCAUGUGUGAGAGAGUCCCCAGGACACCUACCUAUGAAUGAAAUUGCUGGAUUGAAAGGCAUUUCUUCCCAUGGCUUCCGAAGAUGUGACCGUUACAGUUCGCCUCAUUCGUUCAUUUGAGCAUCGCAAUUUCAGACCUGUAGUAUAUCAUGGAGUUCAGAUGGACCAAACUGUAAAGGAAUUUAUAGUAUUUCUAAAGCAAGAUAUCCCUUUGAGGACCAGCCUGCCACCACCAUUCAGAAAUUAUAAAUAUGAUAAACUAAAGAUUGUUCAUCAAGCACAUAAAUCAAAGACAAAUGAACUUGUGUUGAGUUUGGAAGAUGAUGACAGACUCCUGUUAAAAGAAGACAGCACCCUGAAAGCAGCUGGAAUCGCCAAUGAAACUGAAAUUGCAUUCUUCUGUGAAGAGGACUAUAAGAGCUACAAAGCUAAUCCCCUUUCAUCCUGGUGAGAACUUCACAGGGCUUCCUUUUUGCAUACUUGUAUUAAGCUCUUUAUUCCACUAGUGAGUUUUUUAAAUUGACAAAUAAACUUAAAAAAAUGAAUCCCAA